UCAAAAACACCUUGUAGAAAAUUAGAGGAUAUUGGUUUUGCUUAUUUUACUAAAUUAAAUUAGGAUUAUUGGAGGGUAUUAUAGACUUUCGUACUACAUUUACAACUAUAAAUACCCUUCCACUUCUAUGGGUUUCUUUGCAACAUAUACUCAUUUCUCUGAGUAGGUGACCCCAUAAAGAAAAUCAUUUCCUCAGAGUCAUAGACCAAAGUCCAAACAAUGGAAUUCAAUUGUGUUCAUUUUCUUCAAAACAAGACGAUUCUUGUCACAGGAGCAACCGGUUUCCUUGCCAAGGUUUUUGUGGAGAAAAUUUUGAGAGUACAACCAAAUGUGAAUAAGCUGUACCUCGUGGUGAGAGCAUCCGACACUGACGCCGCGACGAAACGCUUACGCACAGAGGCCUUCGAGAAAGAUCUUUUUAAGGUGUUAAGGGAGAGUCUUGGCGAUGAAAAUUUCAAUACAUUGUUGUCCGAAAAAGUUGUCCCGGUCGCAGGUGAUAUUGCGAUGGAUCAUUUAGGCAUGAAGGACUCUAAACUCAGAGAACGUAUGCAAAAAGAAAUCGAUAUUGUUGUUAAUGUGGCAGCCACAACUAAUUUUGACGAGAGAUAUGAUGUUGGUCUUGGAAUUAACACAUUUGGAGCUCUCAAUGUCCUUAACUUUGCCAAAAAAUGUGUUAAAGCUCAAUUGCUUCUCCAUGUUUCAACUGCUUAUGUUUGUGGAGAGAAGCCAGGUCUCCUACCUGAAAAACCAUUUGUCAUGGAAGAGAUUCGUAACGAGAAUGAUUUUCAAUUGGAUAUACACCGUGAAAGGGAGCUGAUGAAGCAAAGAUUGAAAGAACUCAAUGAACAAGAUUGUUCAGAAGAAGACAUUACUCGCGCCAUGAAAGAACUCGGCAUGGAAAGGGCAAAGCUUCAUGGAUGGCCAAACACAUAUGUUUUCACCAAAUCGAUGGGAGAGAUGCUUCUUGGUAACUACAAAGAAAAUCUUCCUCUCGUCAUUAUCCGCCCCACGAUGAUCACUAGCACUCUUUCAGAACCAUUUCCUGGUUGGAUCGAAGGAUUAAGAACUGUAGACAGUGUGAUUAUUGCUUACGGAAAGGGAGUGCUCAAGUGUUUUCUUGUCGAUGUAAACUCGGUUUGCGAUAUGAUACCAGCGGAUAUGGUGGCAAACGCGAUGAUCACGGCUGCAGCCACACAUGCUGGAGGUUCAAAGGUUCACAUGGUGUACCAAGUUGGUUCAUCUCGCCAAAACCCAAUAACAUAUGGAGAGAUCCGCGAAAUUUUGUUUUGUUACUUCACCAAAAAUCUGCGCAGUCGCAAUAGCUCGCUGAUAACCGUCUCAAAAAUGAAGCUGAUACCAACUAUGGCUUUGUUCAGCCUCUAUAUGACCAUACGUUACAAACUACCUCUCCAGUUAUUAAAAUUGGUUGAUAUAAUAUAUCCUUCGAGGAAAGGAGACAAUUACAAAAACAAGAACCGCAAAAUCGGUAUGGUGAUGAGAUUGGUAAACCUUUACGAGCCUUACGUACUCUUCAAGGGCAUAUUCGACGAUAGGAAUACUAAAAACUUAUGCGCCAACCAGAAAGGAGAGGACAACCAAAAUUCAGAAAAUUUGAAGUUUGAUUUCGACCCUAAAAUCAUUAAAUGGAGAGAUUAUCUUAUAAAUGUACACAUUCCUGGCCUCAUCAUUCACGUGCUUAAAAAAUAAAACCCAUGCAAAUUUUCUUGACUUUCAAAUGUAUCACCAAUAAGACAAGACAGUAUUUAUU